AUGGAGGGCCUCUCGUCCGAGAACGCCCAUCUCAUCGGCCUCCUCGCUGACACCCUUGCCACAGGUGUCUACAUUGCUUAUCUCCCACAGUCCGUCCUCGUUCUCCGCCGAAAAUGGCGCGCAGGGGCGUCGCUCUGGCUCCCGCUCUCGUGCGCCAUCAUCUUCGUCCUCGCGAUGGCCGACUCCUGGACGCAGCUCGUCCUCGGUUAUACUGCGUUCAGCGUGCCUCCCGGAGAGAGCUUUGCGAAUCCGCAUGCCGUGAUUAUCGACAUCGGCUCUCACGUCAACCUUGCCAAGGGCGUCUUCACUGCCGCCCUCGCCAUGUUCUCCGACCUCAUAAUCGUGCACCGCACGCUCGUGGUCUGUGAUUACAACCUCAUCGUCGCCUUCUUCACCGUCGGCCUCCUUCUGGCCUCUUACGCGCUCAGCGCAUGGUCGGUAUGGACCGAGUUCCAGACCGGCACCGUAUCCGUAGGAAUCCUGGCCGCCGAAGUGUCCAUCCGCGUCAAGUACUUCUUCAUCCUCACCUUCGCCCUCAACAUCCUCUGUGCCGCCCUGAUUUCCUGGAAAAUCAGGUGCGUGACGAGAAAGACGUCGAGGCACACGCACGGCGCCAGCCCGCUCUCCUCCGUCAUCUCGCUCGUCAUCGAAACCGCCGCGAUAUACUGCGCGAACCUCCUCGCGCUCAUCGUCACCGACCUCAUCCAGUCGAACGCGUUCUUCAUCUUCCUUCAAGUGCUCCCCGCCGUAAACGCACUCACCUAUACCAUGCUCAUGGUCCGCACCAGCGCCGCCGCCCGGUCGGACCCGAGCACGACCGUGAUGUCGACCCACAUCCGAUUCGCCACCGUGAACGACAGCCGGUACUCGCCCAGCGUGAGCCGCGCGGAGAGCGGGACGUUCGACCCCGACCGGCUGUCCAUGCCCGCGAGCACCGCGCACCGCGACGACGAGCCCGUCAAGGUCGGCGAGGCGGUGUAG